AUGCCUCGAAACCCUAAGCAGAACAAGACUACACAAUCCCCCAAAUCCUCUGCUAAUCUCUCCUUCUCCUCCCCUGAUCUAUUCCCGGAGCAUCACCAACCAACGCCGGCCCAAUGCCGUGCCGUCCGUGAUGACCUUCUUGCCCUCCAUGGCAUCCCCAGAGACCUCGCCAAGUAUCGCAAUCCUGACCCCUCUGACGAAGCUCCUCCGGAGAAGACCGUCCUCGAUGGCGUCGUCAGCACCCUUCUCUCCCUGAACACGACUGACUCCAACUCCCGCCGUGCUUUCCUCUCCUUCAAAAUACGCAUUCCCCGCGUUCUUAAUGCUGAGCCGAAACGAGUGGAGGAUGCCAUCAGGUGUGGGGGCCUGGCGGUGACUAAGGCAUUGAGGAUACGAAGUAUUUUGAAGGAUGUGAUGGAAAGAAGGGGGGAGAUUUGCUUGGAGUACUUGAGGGCCUUGUCUGUGGGUGAGGACCGAGGUGAAGGUUGA